AUCAAAAAAAAGUUUUAAAAAACCAACAAACUUACAUACGCAUCCGCAAUUAGCAGAUAGCUGGAUGACUGAGGUUAGGCGCUCAUGAUCGGUGACGUGUGACCGGCAGCCAGGUUGAUCAAUCAGAAACGGAACUGUCCACGUGCGGUAUCUUGAAUGGACCAAUCAGACGUGUGUGUCAAGGGCGGACCAUACCCGAGAUGCCGGUGUCGAUAACAAAGUGUGGAGCUGGAUGACAACAGCAGGCCAGGCAGCAUCCCCCUUUUCUGAUGAAGGGUCCAGGCCCGAAACGUCAGCUUUUGUGCACCUGAGAUGCUGCUGGGCCUGCUGUGUUCAUCCAGCUCCACACUUUGUUAUGUCGGACCAUACCUGGUUUUAAUUGAAAACACGAGCGCUCUUAACAUCAAUAAAACACAACUUGGAACAAAUUCAUCCUGCAAUUGGUGUGGAGGCAAGGGAGACUGAAAAGUAUUCGUUACUCAGGGAAAGAUCAUUCCGCUAGGGAGAAUGAUGCAAACCCAGGUGGAAGAGUAUUUGUCCUGUUUUCUCCCCAAUGAUGAUGGUCUUUUUUCAGAAUAUUACACAGAGGAGAGCAGUUACAAGUUUUGUGGGCAUGUUUUAAAGAUCACCCAAAACUUCAGCGCCAGUCUGGGAGUUGCUGCUUUAGUGUGGGAUGCUGGUCUGGCUCUUUGUCAAUACUUUGAGGACCAGAAGAUGAGUUUCUGUGGGAGGAAGGUGAUUGAACUGGGUGCAGGCACUGGAAUUGUGGGGAUUCUUGCUGUUCUCUUGGGUGGCGAUGUAACCAUCACGGACCUACCACAAGCUUUGAAACAAAUAGAGAACAAUGUCUUGGCCAACAUCCCCUCUUCCUGUGCUCAUCGCUGCCAGGUCUGUGCCCUAUCCUGGGGCAAUAACCAUAGUCACUUUCCCACUGACUAUGAUUUUGUUCUGGGCUCUGACAUUGUGUAUCUCCCUGAAACCUACGCUUCACUCAUCCAUACUCUGCAGCACCUUAGUGCACAGAGGGCCACCAUUUAUCUCUCUUCCAAAGUGCGGAGGGAGCAUGCAACUGUCUUUUUCUAUGAAGAGAUCCUGCCUCAGCAUUUUCAGUGCCAACUUCUUUACAGGAAUGAAGAGAAAAAUAUUAAUCUGUACAAAAUAACCAAAAAAGAACUGAGUGUCAGACAGCAGCAAUGACCAAGAGAAAUCUAUCAUUUUAAUAUGACAGUCAAGAUGAGGCAGACCUUCUGUGGGUGACCCAUGUAGUACUUGUUUUGAAGAAUUUUCUGUCUUGUGAUAAGAAUAUUUCUAAUUUUCUUUUUGACUUCCUUGAAAAUCUGUUUAGUUCUUGAAGUUGGUAGCAUAUCCUAGGAUGCAGUUCAAUGUAUUUCACUGAUAAUCUGUUUCAUUGACAACUUAGCUAAAUGGCUACUUUUCACAUCAGCUGCAAGAGUUUAAUGGGCCAUUUUACCGUUUAGGACACGACAACCAAGGCCCAUGCUGUUCGACCAUCUAUGGCUUGUUGUUUCUCCAUCUCCAACCCCAUCCUUGGUCCAAGGGGACUGAAAUCACUGGGAAGAGUUGCUGGUGCCUCUUUG